AUGGUCUCUCUUCCCCAGCUUCCGUUCAACCAGAGCCAUCUCUUCAUCAACAACGAGUGGGUUGAGUCGACCGGAUCGGCCACCACCACUAUCGAGAACCCCGACACUGGCGACAUCAUCGCCACGGUUCCCGCUGGCACCGCCGAGGAUGUCUCGAGCGCCGUGGAUGCCGCCUACGAGGCCUUCCACCACGGCCCCUGGGUCAACGAGUACACAGGAAGCCAGCGCCGCGACGCUAUCAAUGCCCUUGCGACGCUCAUCGAGCAGAACCGCGAGGAAAUCGAGCUGAUCGAGUCCAUUAACACUGGCAAGCCCAUCACCGAUGCCCGCCUCGAGAUGGACGACGCCAUCGACAUCCUGCGCUUCUACGCCGGCUAUGCCGACAAGGUCCACGGCCGCCACAUCUCCCCGCAGGCAAACCCGACCUUUGAGGGAUACACAGCCAAGGUGCCGGUCGGUGUGGUCGCCCAUAUCAACUCGUUCAACUACCCUGCCAUGCUAUGGGCAUGGAAGGUUGCCCCUGCCCUGGCUGCUGGCUGCACUAUCGUGUUCAAGCCCGGUCCCCAGACGCCGCUGACCACUUUGUACUUUGGCCAUCUGAUCAAGCAGACUGGCCUGUUCCCGCCUGGUGUCUACAAUGUCGUGGUUGGUGGUGUUGAUGUUGGCCAGGCACUGGUCGACAACGACAAGGUUGACAAGGUCGGGUUCACCGGCUCGGUGGCGACUGGCAAGCACGUCAUCAAGUCAACAGCCUCGACGCGCGAUGUGCGCAAGGUGUCGGUUGAGCUGGGUGGCAAGUCGCCUGUGAUGCUGCCCAAACUAAAGGCUGCUGCCGAGCGUAUCGCGCUGGGCGUCCCGCAGGAGGAGUCUACGGUCAUGGGCCCGCUGAUCGACAGACGCCAGUUCGAGCGCGUCAUGGACUACAUCCGCAUUGGCAAGGAGGAGGACAAGGCUGAGCUGCUGACGGGCGGCGAGCGCGCCUUUGACCACGGCCACUGGGUCCAGCCCACGGUGUUUGUCAACGUCGACCCCAAGGCCCGCAUUGCCACCGAGGAGAUCUUUGGCCCGGUGCUAACGACUUUGGUCUGGCCUGCGGCUAUCUUCAGCCACAACCCGCGCGAGAUCGCAAAGUUCACCCGUGCCUUGCGCAACGGCACAAUCUGGGUCAAUACCUACAACAUCCUGUUUGCCUCGCUGCCCUUUGGUGGUUUCCGCAACUCGGGCUUUGGCCGCGAGCUGGGCGAGGAGUCCUUUGAGGGAUACCUGGAGGUCAAGACUAUCAUCACCGAUGUCACUGUCUAAGCACUAGGUGCCCUUCCCACCCAUUUUCCAUUUUUCUUUUCUCAAUCAACCAUUCUAAUGUAUUCAGCAACUACGAUGCCUCCACAUCGCGCUGGCUAAUGCAACUACCAAACUCACCAGCACACAGAGAUAUGGCACUCGUAUGUAAUGCACGCAGUUUAUGUAAA